GGGAUCCUUUGCGGCUCGCGCAGGGACAGACGCCUCCGCGGUGUCGGCGGUGCUGACAGCAGCCUUUCUCGUGCUCUCGGCCCCUCUCGCGAUGGAGAAAGAUGACAUUGAUGAGACGAGCUUAUUCGACAACAACAAGUCAUCUGCGCACGAGUCUGGAGCAGGGCCUCACCGGGUUGAUCCAGGUGAACCAAAGCGGCGGGAGCACUAACGGCAGGUGGGGCCUCUGGCGAGCGAAGCGGCUCACGGGCGCGGGUCAAGUUCAUCUCGACUUACACCUCAGCGAUGGCACUCCAUUCCUCCACCCUGCAUUCGUCUUCGUGCAACAGUUGCUGCCUUGCCUUGGGCCUCUUAUCAUCACUGAUGGGCCAUGUCAUUCUUUCGGAACCACUCGAAGCCGGAACCACUCGAAGCCGGAACCAUCAGCGAGUACAGCGCCCAAUCAGGCAUGUGGUCUCCUGUCCCAACAAAGGAACGGAAAUUCGGUGAGGCCGUUCGCGUACCUAGCGCUUGGUAACAGGCAGCACGUUUCGCAGUGGUGCACUGUACCUGUGUGCCUCGCCGAACUGUGCGCCGAACCAGCUUACCGCUUCUGUCGUGCAACCUCUGCUACUAAACUGGAUCGCAAGAUCACGUUCAGAUGCGCGAUGCAGGGCAGACGCGCGCACAUUGUUUGGGGCUUGAUGUGUCCUCCAGGAACAAUGUGUGGAGGAUGGAGAUGUACCGAGUAGAACAACCGAACACCAAAGGAAGACCGAACAAAUUUUCAGGAAAAUGUAUGUUCCUCAUCCGACGCCAAUAUAUCGUGAUGUGCUACGUCAUUUGCUCGUAGU